AUGGAACGACCCUCACAGGACCCGCUCAAGCUGCUCGGCCUCCCGGGCGCGCCCGUGGACGUGGACGGGAAGGUGACGUGGGAGAACCACCCGGCGAUGCGGUCGAACGACGUCGCGAUGCGGGCGAAGAUCAUGAGCAUGCGCUGCGACCCGAGUCGGUUCCCCGCGGGAGACGCCGCGCGCGACAAACUUCGCGCCGUCGCCGAGGACGCGCACGCCGCAGUCCUCGCCGCCGCCGCGACGCUCCAGGACCCGGACGCGCGAAAGGCGGCGCUCACGCUCGCGGUGCAGCGCCGCGUGGACGAGAUGCGAAGGGUGGACCAGGGUGGGGAGGAGGAGGGGGGAGAAACGCACGGCGGCGGCGCGUUACUACCCGAGGGCGGGUACGUCACCGCGACGGGGGUACACUUCGCCGCGGGCGCCGCCAUCGCGCGCGUCGCGGACGCCGCGCGCGCGUCGGAGACGGGGCACGGGCCGAUGAUGAACCCGGCGCUGGCGGUCGGGCGCGCGAUGGCGGCCGCGAACAAGGCUGGCGACGAGCGUAAGAGCGAGGGCAAGAGCGAGCGCGAGCGCGGCGGCGAGGGGGAGGGAGAGGGGGAGGGGGAUGAAGCCAGGGAGAGGGCGAGGGCGGGCGCCGGCGGAGGGGGCGGCGGAGGCGAGCGCGAGGGGAAGGUGGACCUCAGCGCGCUGCGGGAUAAGCUCAAGAAGAAGCGCCCGUCGUUCAUGUGACGCGUCGGUCGCGCUGUCGCGGCGUGUCGUGUGCGCGUACGUGUAGUCGUGAGUCUUCUCUGAGUGUAGUACUUUCAAAGUACUUUCGUACUUUCGUACGAAAGUACUUUCGAAAGUACUUCGGAAGUACUUUGCGCGCGACGCGUCUACGAGGCUGGGUACUCGUACCGAAUCUCCCCCGACUCCGUGCUCUGGAUCGGCGCCGCCGUCGUCCACGCCGCCGCCGCCGCGGUCUCCGCGGUCGUCUCGUUCCCUCCUCCUCCCCCUCCUCCCGUCGCCGACGCUCCCCCUCGCACUAUGUCCGCGUACGCCAUCGCGUUCGUCGGGCGCGGCGCGGGAGCGUCGAGGGUCCGCGACGCGGGGGGGUUCGCGCGCAGCUGUCGCAACGGCGUCGCCGCCGCCGUCGUCGUCGUCGUCGUCGCGCCCGCCGCGCCCGGAAGCUUCGACGGGGUCAAGACCACCGCGCACUUUCGAACGGCGUGAUACGACCGAUGCUGCGGCUGCGGCGGCGGUUGAACCGGCGCCGCGGCGGGAGACUGAGACUGAACCGGCGACGCGUUAGCGGGCGCUCGCGUCGGCGACGCCGCGGCUUGACUCAACUCUCUCGCCACCGGCUUCGGCUGAGACAUCGACGCGCUGAUCCGCCUGAUAGUCUUCUCUAACGGUC